GAGAGAGAGAGAGGAAAGCUUCUUCUUCUUGUAUCCUCAAUUAUUUGUUCUCCGAAGGAACCAACCUCUCUCUUUUCUUCUUUUUUGUGUAUUUUUUUUCUUGUUUGUUUUCUUUACAUUGAAUUUGAUUCGAAAAAACUUCAAAAUUCUGAUCAAAUUGAUCUGUCGUAGUAAUAAAAUAGUUUGGAGAAUUCUCAGAAAACCCAAAAAGAAAGAAACGAAAAUGGUGUCGGCGAAGAAGGAAAUGGUGGUCUUCUGCUUCGAUACCCUCGUCGCUUACUACAACAGCGAGGAGGCUCCUCCACCGGCCUUCGAUGAUGGUCAACACCCAUUGUUUGUCACUUGGAAAAAAGCUGUGAAUGGUGGGGAGCCUCGUUUGCGUGGAUGUAUUGGAACUCUGGAAGCUCGUUGGUUGAUUAAUGGCUUCAAGGAUUAUGCUCUAAACAGUGCUUUGAGGGAUCGUAGGUUUCCCCCGAUACAACCAAAAGAAUUGCCUUCUUUGGAGUGUACAGUGUCCAUUCUUACUGAUUAUGAAACUGCUAACAACCAUCUUGACUGGGAGGUUGGGAAACAUGGUAUAAUAAUUGAGUUUACUGAUCCUGAUUAUAAUACAAGGCGCAGCGCCACAUAUUUGCCUGAGGUAGCUGCGCAUGAAGGUUGGACAAAAAUCGAGGCAAUCGACUCGUUGAUGCGGAAAGCAGGGUACAACGGGACCAUCACCGAGUCAGUCCGGAAGAGGAUAAGGCUGACCCGUUACCAGAGCACAUUGUACACUAUGCGCUAUAGUGACUAUGUUUCCUACGUCAAGACGACCAGGGGUGCAGCUCCAUCUAUUGUUGGGAGCAAGCCCUGAAAACCAUUGAUUUCGCCAAACCGCUUUCUCCAAGUCCAGAAAGCUAGUUUGGCCUUGAAAAAAGAAAAAAAUAAAAAGAAGAAAAACAUUUAUUUAAAUUAAAAAGAAACAUCUGGGUUGGAAUGGAUUAAUUUCCUAGUUGUUUCAGCCCUUGAAUGCUUUUAGUGAUUGUUGUAACCUGUUCAUAUCAUUCUUCAAAUUCAUUUGAUUUUGAAGAAAAAAACUGAAAACCACAGGCUGAUCAGCUAAAGGUUUCUCUGUCUUGGCUACCACAAGACAUUCAUGUUCUGCAGCUUCUCGGGGAGGCUGUACUAUGUUAAACUUAAUUUCUGAUUCAUGAUUAUCAUGGAUUAUUAAUCUGCCCA